GGCAUGAAAAGGUUUGAUGCUCGCAAGGCAGUUCUUCAGGCACUGAAGGACAAGGGGCUGUACCGAGGUACCAAGGACAACCCUAUGGUGGUACCUAUGUGCAGUCGAUCCAAGGAUGUGAUUGAGCCUCUGCUGAAGCCACAGUGGUAUGUGAAUGUCAAGGACAUAAUCAUCCCAGAGAUGUUCCACAAGACUUGGUACUCCUGGCUGGAGAACUCGAGGGACUGGUGCAUCUCUCGGCAGCUGUGGUGGGGUCACAGAGUGCCAGCCUACUUUGACAUUGAUGGUAACUACUGGGUGUCUGGACGUACAGAGGAAGAGGCUAGGAGCAAGGCAGCUGCCAGGUUUGGAGUGGAUCCCAGCAAGCUGACCCUCACACAAGAUGAAGAUGUUUUAGAUACAUGGUUCUCAUCCGGGCUUUUCCCAUUCUCCGUGAUGGGGUGGCCAGAUCAGACCGAAGACCUGAAGCUGUACUACCCGGGUCACCUUCUGGAGACUGGACACGACAUCUUGUUUUUCUGGGUGGCCAGAAUGGUGAUGCUGGGACUGACUCUGCUGGACAAGCUGCCCUUUAGAGAUGUAUACCUACAUGCUAUGGUGCGGGAUUCUCAUGGUCGCAAGAUGAGCAAAUCACUUGGCAACAUCAUUGACCCACUGGAUGUAAUUCGUGGCAUUGAGCUGGAGGUAACAAGAUUCUCUAAAACCUUUCAUUAUGUCUUGCAGAAAGCUGAUUAUCCAAAUGGGAUACCAGAAUGUGGAGUAGAUGCUCUCCGGUUUGCUCUAGUUUCCUACACAGCUCAAGGUCGAGAUAUAAACCUGGAUGUCCUGCGGGUACAGGGCUACAGGUUUUUCUGCAACAAACUCUGGAAUGCCACCAAGUUUUCUCUGGCUGCCCUCGGGGACAGCUUCCGCCCAUACCCAACAUUACAGGUAACAGGCAAGGAAAGUCUCAUGGAUCAGUGGAUUCUGAGUCGACUGUCCCAAGCCAUCAGAUUGUGUAAUCAAGGAAUUGAGGCCUUUGACUUUCCCAUAUGUACCACAGCCAUCUAUAACUUCUGGCUGUAUGAACUCUGUGACUGGUACCUGGAAUAUCUUAAACCAGUGCUGAACGGUUCUAAUGAAGAAGCCAAAGUCAUCAGUCAGAAUAUCUUGUUCACAUGUCUAGAUGAGGGUCUGAAAUUACUGCAUCCCAUGAUGCCUUUUGUCACAGAAGAGCUGUUCCAGAGGUUACCCCGAAGGUCAGAGAAAGCUCCACCAAGUAUCUGUGUCACCCCAUACCCUGAGGAGAACAAG